UGCAAGCAUAAUGCUUAGUUGAAUAGAAUAUGUUAUUAUUAUUUAUGGCACCUGACACUUACAGUCGUGUCUAUAAUAGUCUAGACCUUCCUGUCUAUGAUAACCUGCUUGGGGCCACAGGUGAGAAAAUGAGCUGCUGGUCACCUUGAUUGAUUACAUAUAUACAUUUGAAAAUCGCAAUAAAACAACUAAACUGAAAUAAUGAAAUGUAGCACUAUAUUUUCAGAGGUUACUAGUCUGGUUCUAUUCAGAAACAAAGUCACAAGACACUAGAUAGAAAAUAUCAAUUAACACAUGGGGAUUAGUGCCAAAUUCAAUCUGAAAGCAAGUGAUGGAGUUUCCUGAAGAUUUCAACCAGCUUGAGCUUCUGAAUACACAUGGCCACCUGAUCCCCCGAGGGGCCAGUAGCCUGUGGACCGGAAGCAGGGAUGAGGAGGAAGAGGUGGAAGAGGAGGAGGGGGACCACAGUGACGAGUGGUAUAUUGAAAAAGAAGAAACUCUCAAAGACAAACCAAAGGUGCUCAUUCUGUGGGCAGCGGAAAACAAUCGCCUUUCAACAGUCCACAGGUUGUUAACUGCUGAUCCGUUGCUGGUGCACUGCUGUGACGAGGAUGGAUACACUCCACUACAUCGUGCAGCCUACAGUGGCCAUGUUGCUGUGGUUUCUGCUUUAAUCGGCGCCGGGUCUAAGGUUAACCCUCGCACCAUCGACGGAUGGACGCCCCUUCACAGCGCCUGCCGCUGGAGCCGCGUCACAGUGGCGAGUUUCCUCCUGCAACAUGGAGCCGAACUGAACGCCCAGACCAACGGUGGGCUCACACCACUACACCUGGCUGCCUCCAACACCACCCCCUUCAGCACAGACUCUCCUCACACUUUAGAGCUCCUCCUUUCUCAGCGACACCUGAAUCCAGGGCUUCGCAGCGGCAGUGGGGAGACGGCCAGUGAGGUGGCCCGCCGUACUGGCCCACAUCACGUCCUGUUUGAGAUGGUACAAGACUGUGUCAAUGUGGUACCUUUCUCAUGAAUGAAAAACACGGGUGCAGAUGUUUUUACCCUCUUCUUGCCUUCUUGUAAGUACAAUAUACAGCAGGUACAUAGAAGUUUAUUUCGCAGGUGGGUUGGAGGACUUAUUGUUUUCUGUUGAAGCAUCAUAAUCAAUGAAUGUAUCUUUGGAAUAAUAUUCUCUUUGCAUCAUUGAUCUUGAAAGUAAAUGCACACUUGUUUCUCUCUUCAUAUUCACAAACGUGAGUUCAGAGUCUCACUGUGAGCAGGUAUUGCAGGUUGUUAAGGUAACUGACAAGCAGCCGCUCUGUGGUACAUGCUCUGAUGCUCUAAGUGUAGAUUUUCUGAACUUAUUUUAAUAAAGUAUCUUUUUCAAUGGAGAAAUCCAAA